UGUGUCAUCGUUGGCUCCGCCUCCAGAUAUGAAAGAUAUGAAGUAUUGAUCUGCACCAGGAUACGAGGAUCCCUUUUUUUAAAAAAAAAUUUUUUUACCCCUUUUCUCCGCCCUGCAGCCAUCGAGGAGUACAAGCCUCAGGACGCCACCACCAACCCGUCGCUCAUCCUCGCCGCCGCCAAGAUGCCGGCCUACCAGCACCUGGUGGACCAGGCCAUCAAAUACGGCGUCGCCAAAGGCGGAACCGAGGAGGAGCAGGUGGCCAACACCAUGGACAAGCUGUUCGUGAGCUUCGGGCUCGAGAUCCUCAAGAAGGUCCCGGGCCGAGUCUCUACGGAGGUGGACGCCAGACUUUCCUUUGACGAAGAUGCAAUGGUGGCCAAGGCCCUGAGGCUCAUCGCGCUCUACGAGGAAGCCGGCGUCGGCAAAGAGCGCGUCCUCAUCAAGCUGUCGUCGACGUGGGAGGGAAUCCAGGCCGGCAGGGUACUGGAGAAGGACCACGGCGUGCACUGCAACAUGACCCUGCUGUUCUCCUUCGCUCAGGCCGUGGCCUGCGCCGAGGCCAAGGUGACCUUGAUCUCGCCCUUCGUCGGCCGCAUCCUCGACUGGCACAAGGAGAACACCGGCAGGGCGAGCUACGAGCCGCACGAAGACCCGGGUGUGCUGAGCGUGACCAAGAUCUACAACUACUACAAGAAGUUCGGCUACGGCACCGUGGUGAUGGGCGCCUCCUUCAGGAACACGGGGCAGGUGAAGGCGCUGGCGGGCUGCGACCUGCUCACCAUCUCCCCCGGGCUGCUGGCCGAGCUCAGCAAGGACCACGGCGCCGUCCCCCCGGCGCUCAACGAGGAGACGGCCAAGUCCUGCGACCUGGAGAAGAUCCACCUGGACGAGAAGGACUACCGCUGGCAGCACAACGAGGACCGCAUGGCCGUGGAGAAGCUGUCGGACGGCAUCCGCAAGUUCGCCGCCGACGGCAUCAAACUGGAGACCAUGAUCAAAGAGAAAAUGCUCAACGUGAAAAACGGCAAGUAGCGGCCGGGUUUUCUGCGUCUGCGUCGACGGGGGAAGCUUCGUGAGGCGUUGGCGGGCGGCCAUCUUUGUCUCCAACGACCUAUAAGAAGGCCUCUCCGCCAGGGACCUCCAUCCUCAGACCCCCGUUUUGUAAACCUACAUGCUGACUGACGCUUGUGUGUGUGUGUGCAUCUGCUGCAAAAAUAUAAAGUCUUAAUAUUUUCUAUAAAAAUCUGACCUUAAAGGGACAAACUUCCUGUAGGAGACACGAAGGCUUUCGUAACAUCUGCUAGAAAAAAAAGGACCAAAGGUUUUUCGUAUCGCCGUCGGGGGGGUUGAGGCCCCGGGUUUUGAUGAAGGCCGACAUUGUACCCGUCAUUCCUCCAGAAGAAUAAUUGUGUUGCUCUUUUCUCACGAAUAAAAAAAAAAAUUAAUUAAAUAAAUCUCAGUCAUUCUGUUUUCA